UCUUUAGCUUCCUUUAUCUCUUUUAUAGCAUGGGUUGGAGCCCUGGCCAUGGGGAUGAUAUUCUUCUGCUCUCCCAUUGUGAGUAUCUUCACUGACCGGAUUGGCUGCAGAGCAACGGCAGCCUCAGGUGCAACCAUCGCCUUCAUUGGACUCCUCUCCAGCUCUUUCACAAAGUCCCUUGAAGUCCGCUACUUCACCUAUGGGAUCCUCUUUGGAUGCGGCAGCUCCUUUGCUUUCCAGCCCUCUCUGGUAAUUCUUGGUCAUUACUUCAAACGUCGCCUGGGCUUGGCAAAUGGCAUCGUGGCUGGCGGCAGCUGCCUCUUCUCAAUAUCCCUUCCGUUCUUUUUGAAGACUGUCGGUAAAGCCAUUGGGCUGGCUCACACUUUCCAAGUCCUCAGUGCCUUUAUGUUUAUCCAGAUACUUUUGUCUCUGACUUUCCGGCCCCUCUUGCCUCCUUCUUCUGACUCUCACCAGGACGGGCGAGAUAAACUGGCCAGCCGGAGCAUGAAACAGCAGUGCGGGAACCAGAUGCAGAAUUAUUUCAGCAUGAGGGUUUUCAGGAAAAAGACCUACCGGAUAUGGGCUUUUGGAAUCGCCACUGCCGUCCUGGGAUACUUUGUACCUUAUGUGCAUCUGAUUAAGUAUGUGGAGGAGGCAUUUAAGGAAAACCAAAAGGAUUGGAUUCUCUUGGUUUGCCUUGGAGCCAUGUCAGGGCUUGGACGCUUGGUUUCUGGCCGGAUUGGUGACUGCAUUCCUGGACUGAAGAAGAUUUACUUGCAGGUUGCCUCCUUUAUGCUUUUGGGCCUCAUGUGCAUGAUGAUCCCACAGUGCCAAAAAUUUGAAGAUGUUAUUGUUGUCUGCCUCUUUCUUGGACUUUGUGAUGGUUUCUUUAUAACUAUCAUGGCUCCCAUAGCCUUUGAGUUGGUUGGACCAAUGCAAGCUUCUCAAGCUAUUGGCUAUCUCCUGGGUCUUAUGGCCAUCCCAAUGACUGCCGGCCCACCAAUAGCAGGAUACCUCCAUGAUUAUUUUGGGACUUACCACCCAUCCUUUUACUUUGCUGGAAUUCCCCCAAUUAUCGGGGGCCUGGUCUUGUCUGUCGUGCCUCUGGUUCAUCAAAGAAUGCUCAAGAAACAGCAGCCGGAUUCUGGCAAAGACAAAAUGUUGGUUUCGGAGACCGUCAUGAAUGGAGAGCUCCUUCCAGGCUGUCCUACCACUGAGGCACACAUAUAAAGCCUUUUUCCAGUCCCUCACUCCCAGAGACACACAUACACAUGUACACACUGUGUUGACACCAGCAUCUUCCCCCUGUCUAAGCACAGGCCCUUUUUUAAAAGGAGCAUAAUCCUGUGCAGUUGCAGAUGUGCUGCAAUAUAUUUGUUAGGGCUGUGCGAAGCUUCGGGUACUGAUUUGAUUUGGAUGAGAUUCGGCCUGAUUCAGC